UUUGGUGAGGUCAGCGCGCGCGUGUAUCCGGGGAAUGGAGCGCGUGAGCCAGAAAAUGUCUGGCCUCCAGUUCAACCUGGGCCCCCUGAAGGAGCCGCUGGGGUUCAUCAAAGUCCUGGAGUGGAUUUUUGCCAUCUUUGCUUUCGCCACCUGUGGAGGGUACAGUGGCCAUACCUCCAUUAAAGUCAGCUGUUCAGACACUAAAAAUGAGACCCUUGAGGCGGCUUUUGGCUAUCCGUUCCGGCUGAACACUGUGUUGUUCAAAGACCUGGAUUCAAAGAAAUGUAACGGCACAUGGACCCCAACCCAUCUCAUGGGCGACUUCUCCUCCUCGGCCCAGUUCUUCGUCACCUUUGCUGUCUUUGUCUUCCUCUACUGCAUGGCGGCGCUGGUGCUGUACGUGGGAUAUCUGCACCUUUACCGUGGCGCUGGCAAGCUACCCAUGAUUGACUUUGUGAUCACCAUGGUGGUCACACUUCUCUGGCUGAUCAGCACUUCGGCUUGGGCCAAAGCCCUGACUGACAUCAAAAUAUCCACUGGGCCUGAGAUGGUGUCGGAAAUACACUUCUGCCUUACGCCCCCAAAUUCCUGCCUGUUCGGUGCAGUGAGCAGCAUGGGCUCCCUCAACGUGUCCGUGGUUAUCGGCUUCCUGAACCUCAUUCUGUGGGCAGGCAACGCUUGGUUCGUGUAUAAGGAAACCCACUUGCACAGUCCCCCAGACGCUCCGGCCCCCGGCGGCGCUCCGGCUCCUGCGGGAAUGUAAACGGCCCCGCUGGGACGCCCCAGUGCCACGCACGACCCCUCGGCCUCAGCCUGGCAUCGGCGCGGCUCCUCUGUCCUAAUUGUAGUCACCGUUUCAACCAGCAGGGGGCGGGUGGGAAUGCAGAUACAGCUCAGCUUUCAAUUGCGAGCAGGUGCCUUUACGUUUUGAAGGCAGCGGUGCUCAGGCAGGGUGUGGCGGUGGUGGCUUGGUUUUGUUUUUGUUUGUUGUUGCUUUAUUCUACUGAAAUAUUACCCUGGGUGUGGGCAAGGGAGAGGGGCAGCUUCUUCGCGAGAACUGCGGCCCGGCAAACUAGUGUCGUGGUUCUCAAACUUUUAUACGCUGACCCCUUUCAGCGGUGAGUGCGACCCCCCCCCCC